AUGCGUCAUAAACACUCCCCUGAAAAUGACUUCCUGAUGGGUCUAGUUGAUAUGGGAAGCAAUGGAAUCCGCUUUUCCAUUUCAGAUCUUUCGCCGCCGACGACGCGAAUUCUGCCAGUGGUGUAUCUUGAUCGAGUUGGGAUCUCGCUUUAUGAUGCCCAAUAUGACCCAGAAACGGGGAAGAAAAUCCCAAUACCGUCUGAAGUGAUCAGAGACGUGAUCGCGGAGCUCCAACGCUUCAACCUUGUUUGUCGAGAGUUUGGCGUUCGUCGAGAUCGCGUUCGAAUUAUUGCCACUGAGGCGACACGGACAGCGACAAACUCUCACGAGUUCCGAGAUCGUAUUAAACAGAGAACGGGACUGGUGGUUGAAAUGCUCACCAAAGAAGAAGAAGGCAACGUGGGCGCCAUGGGCAUUGUCAGCAGCUUCUCUGACGUUCGGGGCCUUGUAAUGGAUCUCGGUGGAGGGAGUACCCAAGUGACCUGGAUCAUUUCCCACGACGGGAUGGUACGGACGAGUCCCAAGGUGGCGAUAUCCUUUCCGUACGGUGCGGCGGCGAUGACGCGAAGAUUAGCCGAGUGUCGAAAUGCCCCAGAUCCGGAGAAGGCAAAGGAAGAAUUGAGACAAGAAAUCCGUGCCAAUUUCCAUGAGGCAUUUCAACAACUAGAAAUCCCCCAAGAGCUGAUCGAUCAAGCUCAGAGAGAAGGUGGUUGGCAUGUGUAUCUGUCCGGUGGAGGGUUUCGUGGAUGGGGCUAUCUGCUCCUAAGUCAGGCACAGAAGAACGGCCAGCAUUACCCGAUCUCAAUCAUCAAUGGAUUCAAGGCGUACAGGGAUGAGCUCACGGACACAGAAAAGUUGAAGGAAGUCGCACGCAACGCCGAAAAGAUCUUCCGCGUAUCAGAUCGCCGCAGGUAUCAAGUUCCCGCAGUGGCCUUCUUGGUGAAUGCCCUGGCCAAUACUUUACCCAUUGGUCCUCUCGUGGCUCGGUUCUGUCAGGGUGGUGUGCGCGAAGGUCUUCUCUUUCGUGAUCUACCACGUGCCAUUCGAGCUCAGGACCCCAUUGCCGUGGCAUCGGCACCGUUUGCCCGUCCUUCGGCCUUGCAUUUCAAAACUCUUCUCCUCAAUGGUUUGCCUCCUCCAUCACAUGGAAAGUCGGUACCACCAUCCAUUAAUCCCCAUAUCAUUGAGGGGCUUGCCAACCUCUUUUUCGAACAUGCGUCAUUGAGCAAGGAGACUGCCUCCGUGGCUGCUCUUUACAGCACCAGCACCGGUGUUCUCACCUCCGCUCAUGGAUUGUCUCAUUCAGCCCGGGCUCGCAUGGCGCUCAUGCUCGAGAAUCGUUAUGACGGUGAACUUCCUCCUCGCGAAGCGUCCUUCAAAUCCCGACUGUGUGAUCUUCUCACUCCGGAAGAAAUUUGGUGGUGCAAUUAUGAGGGCAUUUUGGCCUGGCUGGUGGGAGAGAUUUACCCCACUGGCGUUGUAGGUCCCCGGCCUCGGCUAUGGCUUUCUGCACGGUUUGCCAACCAUCUGGGCAAAAGGGGAGACAAGGAGGGCAUUGAACUGACCUUGUCCGUCCCGAGAACCCCGGAAGAUGGUAUCUCAAGUCUGAAUGAGGACGAAAACCUUUACAUCGGGAAAAGGCGCAUACAUGAAUAUGCGAAACGAGUAGCCAAGGUGGGAAAGAAAAAGAAUUGGAUUGGUGGAAAGGAUGGCUGGGGAAUGACGGUGAAGGUGCUGGUCGCCGAACAUUUAUUAUUGGAGUAA